UUCACUACACAAACUAAACUUACUGUCUGAGCGACUUCAGUAAGGAAAGGCUGUCAACAAUGGUCCUAAGGUGAAACAGCAGCUGAAGCGAUGUCUCGAGUCGAAAAGAAAGCUCCGUCUCUUUGCACGGAUUUACCACUGGACAACACUGAUAUUUGUAACAAGCUUCAGAUUCUGGAGCAGCUUCUGAGAUCCUGUUUUGGUCCCACGGGUAGACUGAAACAAGUUCAUAACAACAUAGGAGGGCACGUUGUAACCACCUCAUCUUCCUCAGUGCUGCUACCAGCUAUUUCUUCGCCUCAACCUUUUAUUAAUCUGAUAAUAACCUCCAUCCGCAACCACGUUUCUCGUUUCAGUGACUGUGGGUUGUUUGCUGCUAUUCUUUGUUUGGCUCUUAUUGAACAAGCAAAGCAAACUGGUGUCAGUGGAAAUGUGGCUAUCAGACUGAACAAGUACUUUCUGGGUUUGUGCACCAGUUACCUUCAUCAAGAAGACUGUGGGUGUAAAAUGAAGCUCGACUUCUGCAGCAGCCACAACUUGAUUACAUUAGCUCACAGUGUCAUCUCCAGCAAACCAGCCAGUGUGCUUACAGAGCCAGAGGCACUUCACAUCAGCAAGUUGGCAGUGCAAGCUUUUUUACUGACUGUUCCUUGUAAUAGCCCAGGCAUUGUAAGUCUUGGCAGGAUAGUGACUGUCUCAGUUGAAGGUCAGUGUGUGCUGGACUCUGCAGUGUUUCCAGGCUUACUGGUGGAGUUAUCUGAUGUCUUUGGCAUCUUCAAGGUGGAGAAUCUGUCUUCUCAUCCACUGCGUGUGGUAUUGUUUAAUGUAUCUCUCGCUGGGGAUCUUUCUGAGCUAGGAAAUGGGACAAUUGAGGUGCACUGUGGUACAGACACAGACUCUCAAAUCCUGGACCAGCUCCUAGAGAUUGGCAAACAGGUGGUUAAAGAUGAAGUGAAGCUCUUUGUGUGCCAGAAGGUCAUCCACCCAGUCUUGCAGCAAUUUCUGAGGAGUCACGGUAUCACAGUGAUUGAGAGACUGGGCAUCACUCUCAUGGAGCCACUUACUCAGCUGACAGGUGCUCAACCUGUGGCCACAUUACAUACCACAAUCCCACUCAAGGCCUAUGGAAAUGUGAGGGGUCUCAGUUUUAGGCAAUUUGGAUCCAAGACAAUGCUGCAUUUACUCCCUCCUGAGGAGUCAGUGAUCUGCACCAUGGUCCUCUGCCACAGGAAUGAGACGAUGUUAAAUGAGUUGAAGGUGGUGUGCCAGAAGACAGAACAUGUGUUGCGGCUCGCCCUGAGGGAACCAUAUGCGCUACUUGGAGGUGGGUGCACUGAGACCCACCUAGCUGCUCACAUCAGACACAAGAUCAUGAAUGAUGUCAUUGACACAGCGUCAGUGUUGGGGUGCUCACAGACAGAGUACCUGCUCGGCAUGAAGGCAUUUUGCCGCUCUCUGGAGUCUGUAGCCACAGCACUGGAGCAUGACGGUGGGAAUUCUCUUAUUGAUCUGACUUAUGCUCACCACUGGACUCUCCCUGCGGAUGCGAUACAAGAACACAUGGAGGAUAGCUUGGGCUGUUGUGGCUGUGGACUGGUGGAAAGUAGUCCAAAUAUGAAGUGGAGUUAUUUGAACACUAAAUAUCCAGAGUUCUUACCUGCGCCUUUGUCUAGAGACACGGCCGUGCUACCGCGUGUGCUGGACUCCUUCACAGCUAAGCUCAAUGCAUUGCAGGUUGCUGUAGAAACUGCUAAUAUUGCUCUUGAUAUACGCUAUAUAAUUCAAGAUAUGAACUAGCUGGUUUGUGAUGAUCAUCUUGAAAGUGUUUUGUUUAAUCAUAGCAUCAUAUUUGUACAUAUUUUCCUUUAGAGAUAUAAACUCACCCUUUUUCUUAAUUUUGCGGCCUACUGGCUAUAAUAUACGAGCCUUGUUCUCAGCUCAAAUUUGGUAUAUGUGUUUACUCUUAGUUUGGUGUUUUGUUGGCAGGAAGCAACCUUUUGUCCACUGUCCAAAAUUUAAAA